CUGGUUCUGCUUCCUCUCGUGUGCGACCAACCUACUCCAUCAGGUCAGAAUACAGAAGUGAAAGUUCAUAUCAGGAAGUGUCGCCUUGAUGCUAUCUGCAUCAUAUUUAGCUUGAACAUCUGCGCUCACUUCUCAAUUCGCUUUCUGGACUUGACUCAUUCAAGUCAGGGAGACCAGCUCUUAGACUCCCGCAGGACUUGGCAGGAUGAUGUCUCCGUACAAAAGCCUUCACGACAGUUACGUCUCGGACAGAAAAGGUUCCGGCAACUGUGUGACUCUACUCUGCGCUCUGGGUUCGCUGGUCGUCCUGGGGAUUCUGCUGGCCAUCGCCGUGGUGAAGAGACCUGCGGACCCCAAUACUCCUGCCCUCAUUCAUGACCAGGAUGGAGGCACCUUCCCAGAGGAUCAGUGCAGCAUGUCUCUGGUUGAGACCAUCCCUCAAGAUCUGGACUAUAAAGCCAACGUCUCGUUCGGAGUCCCGCUGGAAAACGUCUGGAAAGAUCUCAUCGCCAUGACGACCCAGCAUCUAGACAUCGUGUCCUUCUACUGGACGUUAACUUCAGAAGACAUUAACCUCAACUCCUCCAUCGACAGAGCCGGCAGAGAGAUCCUGGAGCUUCUGGGGCAGCUGCCCUCCAGGAACGUGUCGGUCCGGCUGCUGACCAGCGUCCCCAGCAUCAGGACCAACUCCACUGACUUGGACGUGUUAGAGGAGCAAGGAGCUCAGGUUCGGAGGGUGAACUUCGGUGAGCUGACCAGUGGAGUCCUCCACAGCAAGUUCUGGAUCGUGGACGGGAAGCACGUGUUUAUCGGGAGCGCCAACAUGGACUGGAGGGCUCUGACGCAGGUGAAAGAACUGGGUGUCGUCGUAUACAACUGCUCCAGUUUGGCCGAGGACUUUCGGAAGGUCUUCCUGUCCUACUGGACGGUGGGUCUGGACAACAGCUCGGUGCCGCAGCCGUGGCCUCCGGAGUACGACACGGACUUCAAUCGAGAGCACCCGCUGGUGGUGAAGACGGAGAACAUAUCCAGCAAAAUCUACUUGGCCGCGUCGCCCCCUGCCUUCUGCCCCCCUACAAGGACCCCAGACUUGGACGCGAUUCUCUCCAUCAUCUCCAACGCCCGCUUCUUCCUGGACGUGGCUGUGAUGGAUUAUUUCCCCACGUCAGGCUUCAUAAGGCCCUGGAGGUACUGGCCCCUCAUCGAUGACGCCAUCAGAGCGGCAGCCUUCGACAGGAAAGUGAAGAUCCGGCUGCUGGUCAGCUGCAGCAGGGACAGCGACCGCAGAAUGCUUCCCUUCCUGCAGUCGCUGGCCGUGUUGGACCGAGUCAAGCACGGAGUCAGCAUCCAGAUCCGGUUGUUCAUCAUACCAGCAGGGAACUUCUCUGAGCUGCCGCACGUGCGGAUCAACCACAACAAAUUCAUGGUGACAGAGAAGGAGGCUUACGUGGGAACCUCCAACUGGUCCGGGGACUACUUCAUGGUCACGGCCGGAGUGGGGCUGGUCGUUUCCCAGCAUGCACCCCACCAGAUAUGGAAGACCAAGGCCAUCCAGCAGCAGCUCGCCGCCGUCUUCCAGCGAGACUGGAGUUCUGAGUUUGCAGUGGACCUGGGUGACCUGGGCAGCUGUCGGGACUGUGCGCUCUGCUCCCCCGGCUCCAUGUAGCGCCUGGUUUCUUGAGGCUGUCACUCACUUUUCGUCUGACUGGUCUGGGAGUUUCAGCUUGUAAAUAAAACAUGACGCGAGCAGGAUGAGCGGAAUCAUUAAUUGAUGUUUUUUGAUGUUUUUAUAAACGUCUUAAAUAGAGAUUACAAAGUGAUUUCCCAUUAUUGUGUUAAUGGUUUCCUUGCUGAACCUCAGCGUCUUCUGUCUCCUUUUUAUAUUGCUAAAAAUAUUUCAAAAUAAAAAGAUGAGGUUCUUUGUGUCAUAUUUAAUGUUCUU